AUGAUUCAUUCAGUAAAAUCGUACCAUCUACCAAUACGUAUUAAUAAAUGUUUAAAAUGUCUACGACAUGAUCACACAACAAAAAGCUGUUCUCUACCUCGUUUAUGUCCAAGAUGUGCAGAAGAACAUUCACUUGAAUAUGGUUGUCCCAAUCAUGAAAGGUGUAUCAAUUGUGGCGGUGAUCACAUAUCCGGUCAUUCAGCAUGUCCAGUAGUACAAGAAAAACGUCGUGCACUUGUAGAGCAGGCGAAGAUACAAAGAGCAGAACUAUUGGUGCGUGCUGAACAACAACAACAACAACAAUAUGUUUUUCAAGGAAGUGAUUAUCCAGCAUUACGAAAUUGCAACCAACUCCAUUCAUCUUGCUACAUACCACGCCAAUCUAUCGAAUCGUCUCAAAGAUCAUAUGCUCAGCAUCAAAAUCACCGAAAUUUUGGUGAACCAUAA